AUGGGUCGACGUCGAAGUACCAAUAAACCACCACCGAAACGAAAGCCUAUAGUACCACUGGAUAAAGUCUUCAACUGUCCAUUUUGUAAUCAUGGUCGGUCAUGUGAAGUUGUUUUACGUCGUGAUAAUUGUGUUGGAUAUAUCAAGUGCAAUAAGCAAACACAACUUGACUUCAUAAGCGAAAUGUAUUCGUUAGUUUGUCGACCAGUCAAUAUUAUGACAAGGAGAACAAUCAUCAGUACGAAUUAUAGACUAAUGUCCAAUGUUUACUACACCAAGAAACAUGAAUGGAUCAAGAUUGAUGGUAAUCUUGGCGUUGUUGGCAUUACCAAAUAUGCUGAACAGAAAUUAGGUGAUAUAGUAUACGUUGAGCUACCUGUAGUUGGAGAUAAAAUCAAUGCCAAUGAUCAGUGUGCAGUCGUUGAAUCAGUUAAAGCUGUUGGUGAAGUCUACUCUCCUGCAUCAGGUACUGUUGUCGAAGUGAAUACAACUGUUGAAAAGAACACUAAGAUUAUCAAUAAAUCCCCGAUGGAUGAUGGUUGGCUUUUCAAACUCCAACUGUCAGAUGUAUCUCAGCUGAAGAAUCUCCUAUCUGAAGAAAACUAUAACAAAUUUUUAACUUCAGAGUCGUGAUAUUUUUUUCUUCUUCGGAUAUUCAACAGUUCCCUUUUUUUCUGUUCUUGUUUUGAAUCUCUCUCUCUCCUUAAAACAAAAACAAAUAUUCGCUCCAUUACUUUUCAAAACAUAGGUAGAAUUAUUU